UAUUAAAAUUCUAUACUCGUCCUAAACUGUUAACUAAGAAUAAUUAUAUAUUAUUAAUGUUGCGAUUUGAUUGUUAACAUGAAUUUAGUAUAAGAAACGUUCAUCAAAUCUUUAGGAUCAAUGUCUGUGAAGCUUUUCUGACAGCUGGAAAAAGAAGACUUUGUCCAUACUCAUGAGUACAAAAGGAAAUGACUCAUGGGUGCUGGUUGGCAAAGAUGGACGCACUCAUGAUUUAUCACAUGGUAUGAUAUUUAUUGGUAGAGAAGAAUGUGACAUAGUUCUUCAGGCGGCUAGUGCAGACAAACGGCAUGCAGUGCUGUGCUACAACAAUGGCGAACAGAAAUUUCAUAUUAAAGAUUUAAAUAGUCUUACAGGGACAUAUGUAAAUGGAAUUAGGAUUCCUGAACAGACAUAUAUGAAGUUAAAGCGUCUAGAUUGUAUUAGAUUUGGUUAUGAUAUCCUUUAUAAAUAUUUUUUCAUUAUACGACCAGAUGUUUUUUAUUUAGAAAAGAGCUCAAGUGCCACUUCUCCUUCUAAUGAAGAAAAAUCAAUAUCGCCAAAAAAUGAUAUUGAAAAGAAAACAUUAGAAGAAGAGUUGAAAGCUAAAAAAUCAAACCUGAAGUUUGAGGAGGCUUCUAACAAAAACAAUAAAAACAUUCAUGGUUGUGAAUUACCAGCUUUGACAAGGGAGGAUAAUCCGCCUGAUACUUUAUCAUUAAACCUUAGUAAUAUUAGGCAGCAGGACAAAGAAUGGGAUUGGAUUGGUCAAGAUGGUGCACUUUCUGAUAGUCCUGAUUAUAGUCAAAGGAGCGAAACUUCUUCAUGUUCUGCUCCUCCUAACUAUGGUACUACUACAGGAGAGGAUCGUGAUACUGGUUCAGCUCAUUCAUCUCCUGCUGCUACAGCAUUUACUAUAGCAUUUGAAACUGAAGCAAGCACACCCAGGAAGAAGCUUGGGAUAAGGGACAGCAUUAGUAAAUUUGCACCUAAUAAAAUAGAUUCAGAAAGUCGAGUAUCUUUUCAAAAAAGUAACAAAACAGAAGCAAGUCCAGCACCCUUCCAGAAGAGUAAUAAGGCAGAUACUGGCCCUGUGUCUUAUCAGAAGAGCAGCAAAACAGAUCCCAGUGCAGCACCUUAUCAGAAGAGCAGCAAAACUGAGCCUAGCCCAAAAAAGUUACCACUGCCAGAUAAGGGUAAAACAAAAUCAAAACCUGAAUUUGGAUGUGGUGAUAUCAAAGACAUCAAUCAAGAGAUAGGUAAAAUUACCGACUCUACAUCUUUUUUGAUUAAAAAGAUGUUAAAUGGUGAAAUAUCACCUUCUGAUAUUCCAGAAGAAAUGCCUUCUAAAGAGAAACUUCCUCAGAACUUACAAAAUGAUGUUAAUGAUGACCGUAGUGAGGCAGGAACAUAUACUGUCGAAACUGAACAAGCUGACUGUGAUGUUGAGGAAGCUAGGAAAAAAAUUGAUGAGGUGUUUGGUGUUAUUCAACUUUCCAAUUCUGUUGUGUCCUCUUCGUAUUCAUCAAGCACAACUUCAUCAUCCAAUAAACAGAUUCCACGUCUUAAUGGCCGUCUCAAACCUAAUAUUUUAAAAUCUUCCAUUACGCCUAAACAAAGAGAACCUAAUAUUCAGUGGAAUUCUGGAACCAAAACCUAUGGAAGGAAUAGAGGUCAAGGACCAACACCAGCGGCAUCAACAGAAAGUCUGAAUCAUUCAGACACCUUGCCACGAUCUUUGCAACGUACAAGAAAAAUGUCUGAUCCUCCUUCAACUCCAGAUCGAACCAGACGUGCAAAAUUAGCUACAUCUCCGAAAUCUCCUGGAAAAACUAAAACACCUUCAACUCUGAAAUCUCCUGGUUCAUUAUCAAAUAAUCUUUCAGCUGCUCCAUCAAGUAGGGAAUCAUCUUCCAAAGCCGAAGAUGUAACACGAAGACGAUCUACUGAUACUCGAUCGGAAGGAUCAAAAUCACCUCAUGCAAGUGCUCAAUGGCAAAAAGUCCCUUGGAAUCUCUCUGGCUCUGAUCUGGACCUCGAUCGCAGCAAAUCAGAAAAUAAUAGCAUUCUUUCCGACACUAGCACUGAGCCUAGCUCACACAGUUCUCACUCUGGUCAGAGUAGACCUGAUCAGGCUCCCCAAAUGCGACUCAAUCGGGCAUUUGCGUUACGUAGGGCAAGGUUAGAAGCAGAGAGCGGAAAGCGAGGCAAAGAGAAUCGAGCAUCCACUGGUAGUAGUCAGCAAAAACCUAUCAAGAAAUCUGCAAAAUUAUCAUCGAGUACCUCCACACUACGAGAUGAGAGCAGUAGUGGAGGUAGUAGCAAAAUGAACUUUAGAUUAGCUCCUACUGUUUCAAAACCAUUUACUGGCAGGCAAAUGGUUCAGUGUUCUGAUCCUCUGAAGAGGAAGAUUGUGUCUAGUCACAAUAUGGAUGAAUAUCAAUGUAGAAGUUCAAAUAAAGAAAUCACUGCAUUAGAUUCUCUAGUCAUAUCUGCCAUUCAUCAGCUGGCCUCAAAACUGUGGGCAAAUUCUAAAGAAUUAUUAGAAAGAGAAAGAAAAAAAUGUCCAAAAGGAAGUGAUACAUGGUUGAUGAUAGAUGAAGUCCUGCCACAAGGCCCUGUUACCGGAACUCCAGAGGACGGGGACUUUACUAAAGAUCUGUCCAGUAUAUUGAAAAACCUUAAGCGGGUUGAACAAGGCCUAGAUGGUUAA